AUGGACCAUGUCCGGAGACUCCAGAGGUCUCCGGUAGCAAGGGUCAAGACCCCCGUCACCCCCUUCUGGAUACUCCAGAGGUCUCCAGGAUCCAUCUUGUUGGAGCAGUCGCUAGUGGAGGCUGCAACGGCGAUAUUCAAGGGCAGAGUAGACGUGGCUUCGGAGAUCCUGAGGCGCUUGUCAGCCGUGCCGAAACCCAUGGGUUAUUCAGAGCAGAAAUUGAUGGAAUACAUGUUGUCUGCGCUUAAAUCGCGCGUGAGCCCCGUCGAUUACCCCCAUCCCGUGGCGGAGUUGUUCACCGAGGAACAUUUGUCGUCGUUUCAGUCUCUUUACGAUCUGUCUCCUUGUUUUAAGCUGGGUUGCAUGGCUGCCAAUCUCGCGAUUGUGGAAGCUGCAUCGGAGCAACCCUCCACUAACAAGCUCCAUGUAAUUGAUUUCGAUAUUGGUUGGGAAGGACGGUACCUCAAUCCCCUCAUUCUCCUUUACGCGGCGUCCGUGCAUCAGGCGGGCAAUCAAUCCACCCUCAAGAUCACGAUGGUCGCAGAUAGCUUCAACGGUGAGAAGAGGCUCAGGAUGAUUGGGGAUCGACUGAGUGAACUCGCGGCCCAGGUGAAAGUUAGGUUAGCAUUCAACAUCGUGAGGCAGAAGCUGAGCGAGUUGAGCCGCAAGUCGCUGGGCUGCGAACCCGACGAGGUGCUGGCGGUGAUCUUGGCGUACAAGCUGCACAGAAUGCCGGACAAGAGCGUGUCUGUGGAGAACCCGCGCGAGGAGCUCCUCCGGCGCGUAAAGGGUCUGGCGCCGCAGGUGGUGACGCUGGUGGAGCAGGAGAUGAACGGGAACACGGCGUCAUUCCCGAUGCGCGUGGGGGAGGCGCUGGCGUACUACAGGACGUUGCUCGAGUCGUUCGAGUCUGAAUUUUUGGAGGACGGCUCGGAGCGAGGGAGGGCGGAGGAGGGGCUGAGUCGGAAAUUGGGGAGCUGGGUUGCUUGCAAAGGUAGGGACCAGGUUGAAAGAUGCGAGGUGUUCGGGGAGUGGAGGGCCCGCAUGGGGAUGUCUGGGAUCGAGUUGAAGCCACUGGGUCGACACUUGGCCGCAAUGAAGGCGUUGCUUCAUUGUUGGCCCUUGCCCUGGGACCCGAGAUUCACUGUGAAAGAAGAGAAUGGCGGGUUUUGCUUCGGCUGGCGCGGCCGAACUCUCACUGUCGCAUCUGCUUGACAUUAACCGAAUUGACAUACGUAUGUGUAUGUCAUGUGCGGCGAUGGGA